CGCGUCGAAGGGGAGCCGGAAGUGCCUUCCUGCCAGAGCCUGGGCGGCCUCUGCUGGCGCUGGGAUCGCGGGGCGAAAGCGGGCGCAGCGGCGGGAGGUUCUCGACGCCCCCACCUCCCCUCCCCCCACGUGCAAAAGGAUGACGGCUCCCAUUCCUUAGCCCAAUUUUGCAAGGUGACGCCAUGGCUUUGGGGCCACAAUCUGGAUUGUCUUUUCCGUUGGCCACAGCAGAAACUUUGGUGGCACCGCCGCCAAAGGCUGCUGUGUCCUUCAAAGAAGUGGCUGUGUAUUUCUCAGAGGAGGAAUGGGCCCUGCUGGAUCGGGGCCAAAGGACCCUGUACAGGGAAGUCAUGCUGCAGACGUACGGGAUCGUGGCCUCACUCAGUUUGGUGAUGGAAGAUUUCCCUGCUCAAGAGCUGAGGUGUAUCUCCUCAAGAAUUGCCAAAGAUGAAGAGCAGGAAGAGAUCGCUGGUGAUCUCAAGAGAUCAGGGGGACAGGAAGAGCAAAAAGCAGAGACUAGGAGGAAUCUGUCGGACUUCCGGGCAGAAGACCCUUGUCAAAACAUAAUCCAGAAGCAGGAAGAAGAGAACAAAAAUCCUUCAGGUAGCAGGGCAUUAAUCUCGAAAUUCAAACUUGGAUUGCACCACAGAAUUUAUACAGGGGAGAAACUCUAUCAACGUUCAGGAUGGACCAAGAGCUCUAACGUUCUUCCACGUCAAAAAAUCCAUCCAAGUGAGAGAUCAGAUAAUUGCUCGGCGCAUGGAAAGGACUUUCUUCAGAUAGGUGAUCUUCUGCCGUACCAAAGAAUUUACGGAGAAGAGAAAUUAUUUACAUGCUCCGAGUGCGGAAGGCAAUUCAAUCUGGCCCAACAUCAGCGAUUACACACGGAAGACAAACCCUACCGGUGCUUGGAAUGCAGAAAGAGUUUCGGUAGGAACCCUUCCCUUAUCUCACACAGGGGAAUUCACGCUGAGGGAAAACCGUACAAAUGCUCGGAGUGUGGCAAGACCUUUAGCCACACCGUGGUCUUCGGUCGGCAUAAAAAAAUCCACUGGGAAGAGAAGCCGUACCUGUGCUCGGACUGUCCCAAGACGCUCACGCCGGUCUGGAAAACCGUUCGUGUUUGGAGUGUGGAAAGUGCGGACCCACACCGGGAGAAGCCGGGAGCUUCAGUCAGAGUUCUUGCACCAACGCACUCACACGGAGAGAAACCGUCAGCAACAGGACACCUUAAUUGCCAAGGACCCACACGGAGAGAAACCCUACAAAUGCCUGGAGUGUGGAAAGAGCUUCAGUCAGAGCACCAGCCUUAG